AUGGAGGGCACGGCGUACGGAGCGGGCAGAGCCGGGGGAGCCUUCGACCCAAUCACCUUCGUCCAACAACCUCACACUAUCCUCCGCAUGGUAUCCUGGCUCUUUUCAUUAGUAAUAUUUGGCUGCAUUGCUAACGAAGGCUACGUAAACAGGCCAGAUGAGGUGGUGGAAUACUGCGUUUUUAACAGGAACCAGAACGCCUGUAACUACGCUGUGGGCAUGGGCACCCUGGCCUUCCUCUCCUGCAUUGGCUUUCUGGCACUGGACGUCUACUUCCCUCAAAUCAGUAGUGUUAAGGACCGCAAGAAAGCUGUGCUUGCCGAUGCUGCAGUGUCAGCCUUUUGGUCAUUCGUGUGGUUUGUGGGCUUCUGCUUCAUGGCCAACCAGUGGCAGGUGGCAAAACUUGAGGACAAUCCACUAAAAGAGGGUGCUGAUGCAGCUCGUGCUGCCAUCGCCUUCGCCUUUUUCUCCAUCUUCACCUGGGCGGGGCAGUGCUUCCUGGCUUUCCAGCGCUAUAAGCUAGGGGCAGAUUCUGCGCUGUUCUCGCAGGACUACACCGACCCGAGCCAAGAUGCUGCAGCUGCCCCAUACAGCGCCUUCACCAGCGGGGACGAAACAGAGAGCCCCGGGGGAACGGGCUCGUACCAGCAGCCCAACGGAGAUGGAAUGUUUGAUGGCUCUGCUGGGUACCAACGUCAGGAGUAUUAAUGGCACACGUGAAGAUAAGGUGGCAUGGGGUUAUGUAGGAGACUUGCAAGUGGUUUUCAACAAACAUGAUACACUUUACAGAUUUUGAAUGUGCUUAGGUCAGACUAGUUUCUUUGAAUUAGUAGUUCUUAUAAUUUUAGGUAUGUGUCUUUAUUUAAGUUUUGAUAAAAGAAGCAGAGACAAACAAUAGGGUGUAAAAUAACAUUUAAAAAAUGAAUAAAGAUGUUUGGUGUACAAAGUUUUGUCACAUGAGACUAAUGUAGCUCACUCACUCACUUUCUUAGGCGCAAGGCACACAGUAACACCCUGUAACACAGUAACAUACACACACCCAUUCACUUAUAGGGCAAUUCAGUGUCUCCAAUUAAUCUGACUGCAUGUUUUUGGACUGUGGGAGGAAACCAGAGCUCCCGGAGGAAACCCACGCAGACACGGGGAGAACAUGCAAACUCAGCACAGAAAGGACUGCCCCACUAAUGUAGCUAACAAUUUUUAUUUUAUUUUUUUUCCUAAUUUUUAUCCCUCAGUCUAGUUGUGUCCUAUUACCCUGAAUGCGUCCUCUAUACUGAUGCGACCCUUCACCGC